AUGGCCGCCCAAGACGACCCUCUGACCCAAACUCCUUUCUCCGAACCCGCCUGGCUCGCCGGCUUCCCAUCACCCCUUUACCGCGACACGCACAAACGUUUCCAAAUUUCCUGCAGAGCAUGGUUCGAAAAGCACUUCCUCCCUUACUGCAUGGACUGGGAGAACGAAGGGGACCUCCCCUCCGACCUCUUUGCCAAGUUCAACCAGGUGAACAUGCUCCUUCCCAACCUCUGCCCCCCUCUACCCGUCGACUGGCUCCAUAAGAGCGGGAUCAAAGAUAUCCUAGGCACGCCAGUGGAAGAGUGGGAUUACGUUCACACAGCGAUCUGGGUUGAUGAGAUUCAUCGUAGUGGAUUGGCGGGGCCCUCAUCAGGUCUGACGGCAGGCUUCGCGUAUGGCAUUCCACCGAUAAUUAAGUAUGGAAGCCGGGAGUUGCAGGAGAGGUUCUUGCCGGACUUGUUGACGGGCAGGAAGAGGACUUGUAUUGCGAUCACGGAGCCUACGGGUGGUAGUGAUGUGGCGAAUGUCGAGACGAGUGCGGUGAAGAGCAAAGAUGGGAAGCAUUACGUCGUGAAUGGGCAGAAGAAGUGGAUUACGAAUGCAAUUUGGGCUGACUACACCACGAUGACAGUGAGGACUGGUGGGAAAGGGCCUGGAGGUUUGAGUUUGUUGGUUGUCCCGUUGAAGGUGGAGGGUGUGGAGAUGAGGCGGCUGAAGUGUACCGGGUCCAAGACUGGUGGUACGACGUUCAUUGAAUUGGAAGAUGUGAAAGUGCCCGUGGAGAAUUUGAUUGAGCGCCUUAUGAUCGCGCUGGGGGCGACGAGGCAGUCGAGGGUAGCAUUGUCCACGGCAAUGGGCUAUGUCAUGAAGCGAGAGGCCUUUGGCAAGCCCCUGGCAGAGCAGCCUGUCGUACGACAUCGUCUGGCCAAGGCGGGAGCGCAGUUGGAGAUGUUGCAGGCUUGGCUGGACCAGUUCCUGUGGCAGAUGUUGCACUUGCCCAAGUCUCAAGCAGACAAGAGACUGGGUGGUCUGACCGCACUGGUCAAGGCCACUGCAGGAAUGGUGUUGAACGAAGGCAAUGGCUUCACCCAGACCGGUCAAGGUGAACUGGUAGAGAAGAUUUAUCGUGACGUCUUUGGUUCGAGGAUACCAGGAGGAUCAGAAGAUGUUAUGCUUGAUCUGGCAGUUCGACAGCUCAUCAAGAACUAUCAGCGGGCGACGAAAGAGCUGGAGAAGAGUGGUGGCAACAAGUCGAAGCUGUAG